AUGCAUCAAUGUUUCGAUUUUUUAUCGAGUUUAAUACCUCAAGACAAUGGUGCUAUCAAAGCGAUAGACUCAAGGGAAGUGGACAAAUUAAAAAAGGAUAUCAUACAAGCAAACAGAAUCAUAUUAAACUACAAUUUAAUUCCCGGAAAGCUAUGUUUACCAUUUGAAGAUGCCACUAAGGAAGUGUCCUACAUACAGAAGACAUCUUUCUUUCCCUUUUUCGGAGUUUCGCAGAUUGCGCAAAGCUCAAAUUUUGUUAUCAACUUUAUUUAUCAAAAUCCCAGAUUAUUCGCAUCGCUCAUCCUAUCAUUAAUCAAUAAAGAGUAUUUUGCCAGCUUUGCAUACAUCAUAAUGCCACAACUUUUCGCGUAUUUUUCCAGCCAAGAGAAUUUAGUUGAUGCAGGCAAUUUUUAUAACGAAAUACUUGAACAAUAUACUGGAGAUAUUCAAAGGCUAUAUCCUUUAUUCGUCCCUUUCUUUCGUUCAGGAGGAGUUUACAUUUUUAUCGAAUCUGUUUCAUCAAAUUUUCUUCAGCAGUUCAUGAUCGACAUUUCCGUACCUCAAAAUAAGAAUCUUAACGUACUUAUACCAAUUCACUCUGCUUUUUUAAUUGAUUGUAUAAGAACUAACCUUUGUAAGCUUCCUUUUCAGCAUCUAUCAAUUCUAUUACAAAUAUUUAAUCGUAUAUCUACAGAAAGAUUCUUAGAUUUCUUCUUUGACCUAUUUGUUUCACCUUUAACCCUAAUUUGGUUGAAAUCCGCUUCACAACCAUCAGAUUUUUCACUUUUUGAGAAGAUUUUCAAAAAUUUGAGACAGAAAACAGACGAAAUAUCAGCUUUGCUCGCUGAGUUAAAGGUUGUUCGGACAACUUUUGAACCUCCGAAGUUAUAUGACCAGCAAAAUGACAAUUAUCAGCUUGUUUACAUACGUGUAUCGGAUAUAAUCCUUAUUGCGAACCUUCUCAACUCAAAAAACAUGCUUCCUUCGAUGCUUUCGAUAUCUGAAUUUAAUAAUAUCGAUGAAAGUAUUCAUUCUGUGUACUUUUGGUGUCAGAUAUACCAACAUUAUCCAAAACAGCAUUCAAAACCAACAAUAUAUCCUUUGAUUUUCGAAAAUUUGAAACAAUUUGAACUUCCAUCUGUUGAAAACCCAACAGAAAUACAGAAACUCAUAAAACAAUUUAUGAUAAAAGCAAAGGCUAAUGGAGAAAACAUAUUGACAUAUGCAUUAAGUCAAACAGAAAAACAUAACUUAGAUUAUAAUUAUUCUUUAGCUUUUUUGACAAACACAUUGAUCCAAGAAGCGAAUUCAUUCGAAAGGUUCAUUUGUGAACAAGAAAAAGUGUCUCAAAUCAAGAAAUGGAGAGAAAUUUUGGAUGAAUUUAAGGAAUCUUAUAUUAACAGACGAUUAGAACAUAUUAUAUCCCAUGAGAAACUGAAUACCAACGCAAUCAACUCAUUUAGAACCAUUUAUGACCGACAAUCUCAUUUUAUUUCGAUGAUUCUUUUCGCGAUUGAGAAAUUUGUCCCUAAGAUAUAUAAAUCAUUUGAGUUCGAAAUAACGGAAAUGCAGGACAUUUGGGACAAAUCCGUGAAAAACGCGAUUUCAACUUUAUCUGUUACUCCUUUUGGUAAAUUCCUUGGUGAACAGAGACCAAUAGUAAGAGAACAUGUUACAAAUACUAUUAAACUAAUAAGAUGUACCUGGAAACUUCCUUUUCAAAACAGAUUUCAUUUGAUUUUGAAAGCCUUUGAUAUUUUGGAAGGAAUCAAUGAUAUAACUGGUUACCAAAAUAAAACACCAUCAAUUGUCCUUCAGCAAGUCAGAGGAAACAUAAUUGUCCCAACUUUUGUAAUUUUGAAUUCCUUAGCGAUGUCGAACAAAUUAUUCUUUAAGAAUAUUCCUGAUGAGUCAAAAAAACUCUGGAUCGAGUUUGAAAGUUCAAUUUUGAUAUAUUUCGCUGCAUCUAAUAGUAUUUCACAAUUAGUCGACUUGCAGCAACAAAUAUCAUCAAAGUUCUCUAAGAAACUUUACAGUCCUUUCAAAUAA